AUGAAAUCUCAUUCCGAACAGACGGCCAAUGGCCCACGCGAACCCAUCGAGAUGCCCCAGAGCGAAAACGAGAACCACCUGCGAUAUACCGACAAUGUCAGCGUGUCCAGCGUGGUGGUGCCGGAGCCUAUAGAAGCCUGUGUACACAGCCUGUUCAAGCGAGUUGCCAUUGAGCGGUCUUCGUCACCGGCGAUCUGUUCGUGGGACGGGGCAUUGACCUACGGCCAGCUCGACCUGUUGUCGAGCAGGCUAGCCUGUCACCUCAUUGGCCUUGGUGUGAAGCCGGGGACCAUGGUGAUACUCUGUUUUGAAAAGUCCCUGUUGGCACCAGUAGCCGUGCUAGGUGUCGCUAAGGCUGGCGGCGCGUCGAUAUCCUUGGACUCCUCCCAAUCGCACGACCAUCUCCGAGCCAUCAUCGCCCAGGUGCCUCACCCCAUUCUCCUAUCGUCGCCGGGAAACAGUCACCUAGCUCGCCAGCUCGUGGCGUGCGACGUGAUGGUGUUGGACGAUAAGCUGCUCUCCGCUCCGGAGAUGAACCCUUCGAGCCCAUUUCCCGACAUGCCUGUCGUCAGUCCCUCCGACACACUCAAUGUCAUCUUCAUGCCCGGUGACACCGGCUCCCAUCAGCCGCCCGGCGGCGUUGCCAUCACACAUCGAAACAUGAGCACUGCCCUUUUUUACCAACAACAGGCCCUGGGAUACACCAUCGAUUCUCGGGUUUUUGAUAUUGCUCCUCAAGGCUCCUACUUGGCUUGGUGCAACUUGCUGCACACACUGACCUGCGGCGGGUGCCUUUGCAUACCUUCAGAGUAUGACCGGCGACAGCGUGUCGAGGGGUCUAUGACGGCAUUGCAGGCCAACGCGGUGCACUUGACGCCCGCGAUGGCCGAGGAACUCAAUCACCACAAGCUCGCCGGCCGCGUGCGCCUCACCUAUGUCGGAGAGCCACAGAUGACCCCACCGGACACGACCGGACACCAGGAGGGAAAAGUAUUGUUCAGCAGCCGUGGGUAUGCAGAGUCGACCUCGCUAGGAACGCGGUGGACAGUCAACAAAUCAAAGGUACGGGGCGGCUUGAGCCACCUUGACGACGGGGUUUGUGCCUGGGUUGCGGAAACCGCCGAGCUGGGCUCGCUUGGAGCAUGCGAGACCAUGGGCGAGCUAUGGCUCGAGGGACCUAUGCUGGGCCAGAAGUACCCCGUCGAAUCCGACAGCGACGCCCCGGUGAUUUUCAAAGAUUCAGUCUCUGUGCUGCGCCGGUCAACGCGGUGGCCGGGGCGCCCUGGGCGCAUUCAUCGUACUGGAGACCUUGUACGGCACAUGCAUGACGGAAGGCUCGUACUGGUCGAAGAGGAGGAGCCGGCCGACGUCGAUCACUCAGGUGAAAGCGUUGAAAACUUGCAUUCCAGUUCGGAGAGCGACGGGGCCCUCGAAACGCCGGAGACUGAGCAAGGAGGUUAUUCAGACACGGUGCAGCUCAUGCUGAUGCUGUGGGCCCAGGUAUUUCAACUUAGUCCGCAAAGCAUCGGCAAGGACGAUGAUUUCUUUCAGCUUGGCGGAGAUGCUACCAAGGCACUGUGCCUCUGCAGGAUUGCACGCGACAGAGGACUCAACUUCUCCGCUCGAGACGUCUACCAGAACCCCUGUCUCUGCGACCUCUCAGUUUUGGCCAGCCCGGCGAGCCGGACAUCUCUCAAAACCCCCCCGUUCUCGCUAUUGGGUUCCUUCGCCGACGACGAUGACCUGCGAGCCCAGGUUGCUCAGCUGUGUCGUGUGCAAAAGUCUCAAGUGGUUGACCUCUUCCCAUGCUCCCCACUCCAGGAAGGCAUGCUCGCUCUGACCCAAAGGCGGCCUGGGAGUUACGUGGCGCAGCAGGUGUUUGAAAUCGACGACGGGGUAAGUGUCCAGAGGUUGCGCCGAGCGUGGGAUCAAGUGGUGGCCAUGAAUCCCAUUUUGCGAACGCAUAUCGUCAGCCUCCCAAGCCACGGCCUCGUGCAGGCUGUCUUGGAGCAAGGAGCACAGUGGGGGCUUGGCACAGACCUCGACGACUACCAAGCUCGGCAAAGCGCGGUCGAACAGCCGAUGGGUCUCGGCACGCCCUUGUCGAAAUUCGCAAUCAUUGACGCAGGCCCGGGCCGGCGCCCGUAUUUCCUGUGGGAAAUCCACCACGCUCUUUUCGACGGAUGGUCUCUGCCGCUUCUUAUGAGCGAGGCCGAGCAUGCCUACUACAACGAAGGCGGCCAAGAUCUGGAAUCCAUGGAAGGCUUUAUCAAAUACAUUAAGGAUUGCGACGAGACGGCUGCCAAGGCGUUCUGGCGAGCCCAGUUCGCUGGAAUCCAAGAGACCCACUUCCCCUUGGCCAAGGCGGCGGCAUUGCGACAACCACAAUCAGCCUCACACGUCAACUUCACCGUGUCGGGCCUCGGCUGGGGCCACAGCGACUACACACAGGCAUCGAUGGUGAGAGCCGCGUGGGCUGUGGUGAUGGCGCGUUGUGGCAACACGAGUGAAGCUUUAUAUGGCGUGACUGUGACGGGACGCCAGGCGGCAGUGCCUGGCAUUGAGCACAUGGCUGGGCCGGCAAUUGCAACCGUUCCCGUCCGAGUGACGCUGGACUGGGAGGCCAGCGUGAGUCGACUGCUCGAAGCGGUGCAGCGGCAGGCGGCAGACAUGAUUCCGUUUGAGCAGACGGGGCUACAGCGAAUCCGGCGCAUGGGGGAGGCGGCAGCCAUAGCGUGCUCCUUUCAGUCGCUUCUGGUAGUGCAGCCCGCCGACGGCGAGGGAGACCCGGCCGGCAGGGCAUUCCUGAGCAAGCCUAGCGACGAUGGUCAAGCGAAGCGAGAGUCGGGCCACACGACCUACGCCAUCGAGGUCGAGUGCGAGUUGGGCUCGGACGAAGCCCGCCUGCGCAUCGAUUUUGACCCUGGAGUUGUACAAGAGCGAGAGAUGGAAGCCAUUGCCCAGAAUUUCGACCAUGUGCUUCGACAACUGGCGGACCAGGGCCGAAGACACGACAAGCUCGGGACUCUGGCGCUGUCAACCCGGACCCCGUCAAACCGCAUCGAGGAGGUCCUUGCCUGGAACGCAAAGGUUCCCGAGCGGGUAGACGAGUGCGUGCACAAGCUGAUUGAGCAACGGGCCCGGGAAAGCCCCCUGGCCCCGGCCCUCUGCGCUUGGGACGGAGAGCUUACCUAUCAGGACCUGGACGAGCAAUCGACAAAGCUAGCAUAUCGUCUGGCUGCGAGAGGCGUGGCAGGGACCCGGGUGCCCGUCUUGUUCGAAAAGUCCCUCUGGAUGCCGGUGACGGUGCUGGCCGUAAUGAAGGCCGGAGGGGCGCUCGUGGCGCUGGAGACGAAGGAGCCGGAAGAGCGGCUGCUUGCGAUUGUGUCGAAGACAACAUCACCUGUGCUGCUGUCGUCGGUCCAGAAUGGCAACUUGGCGCGUCGUCUUGUCGCAGACGGAAAGGAGGUCCUGGUCGUUGGGGCCUCGCCGCAGCAUGAAAGCCUCGCCCCGGACCCGGAUCACCUUUCGACCGUCUUGCCCACCGUUGACCCCUCGAGCCUCCUCUACGUCGUAUUUACCUCGGGCAGCACCGGGACGCCCAAGGGAGUUCUCAUCACGCACCGCAACUUUUGCAGCGCCAUUGCCCAUCAGCGGCAGGCUUUGGACUACAACCGGAAUGCUCGGGUCCUUGAUUUUGCAUCCUGCGCCUUCGACGUUGCCUGGUCGAACCUGUUCCUCACCCUGACUGCCGGAGCAUGCUUCUGCAUUCCGUCGCCAGUGGAGCGCGAGAAUGACCUGGCUGGGUGCCUGGUCAAGUAUAAUGUGACCCUGGCCGACUUGACGCCCUCAGUCGCCCGGGCCAUCGGCUCCGACGCUCUUUCGAGACUGACGACCAUGAUACUGGGUGGCGAGGCGCCUCUGCCAAGCGAUGCUUCCUUGGCGGGCGGCAAGACGCACAUCAUCAAUGCCUACGGUCCGGCAGAGUGCACGCCGACCUCCACUCUGACGACGCUGGACCCCACCAACGUUUGCAUCGGCCGCGGGCUCGGACUCUGCACGUGGGUGGUAGAGCCCGACAACCCCGAGCUGCUGGUACCAGUCGGCGACGUUGGCGAGCUCUGGCUCGAGGGCCCCCUCGUCGGCCAGGGCUAUCUCGAUGACCCUCAGCGGACCGCGGCAGCCUUCAUCGACGACCCUGUGUGGCUCAUGCAGGCAGUCGGCCGGCGGGGACGCGUCUACCGCACCGGUGAUCUUGUGCGGUAUAGAGACGAUGGAUCACUCGUCUUCAUCGGGCGCAAGGAUACCCAGGUCAAAAUCCGUGGUCAGCGCGUCGAACUGGCCGAAGUCGAGUGUUGCGUGCGCCAAGUCAUUGGCGAAUCGGACACUGUCCAGGUCGUUGCAGAGGCUGUGCAGCCGGCCGGCGCCAACAAUCCCAUCUUGGUCGCCUUUGUUACCCUCCCCGGGGCCGAGGCAAUGACGCAGGAGGCACACGGCGCCGCGGUGCGGCAGGCAACGGACGGACUCACUGAACGCCUGCGUGAGGUUCUGCCGUCUUAUAUGGUACCCGCUGCGUACUUGCCGAUUCAAGAGAUGCCUGUAACCACGGCUGGAAAGACUGACCGCCGGCAUCUCCGUGCCCUCGGCGCGUCCAUGUGGCCGCAAUACCGCAGCAGCCGCGACAAGAAGGAAGGGUCGAGCCAGCCGCUCAAUGAGACGGAGACCAUUCUACAGAAGGUGUGGAUGUCAGUCCUCAAUUUGUCGGCGGAUGAGGCGUCUGUUGACGCGGGAUUCUCGAGCUUGGGCGGCGAUUCCAUCUCAGCCAUGCAGUUGGCAAACACCAUUCGAAAACUUGCGGCCCGCCGCCGGCCCAUGUCUACUUCAGCAAGCAAGCUAUUGGAGGAGGCUGAACAACAGGAGAAUGAAGACGCGGCUGCCGAGUUUGAUCUGUCUCCGAUGCAGCAGUCAUUCUUUAACGAUUAUCCCGAUGGCCUUAACCAUUUCAACCAAUCAUUCCUGCUGGAUCUGGGCCACGACGUUUCGGCGGAGUCCCUCAGUCAUGCGAUGAUGGCCCUCGUCAGCCGCCAUGCAAUGCUUCGAGCGCGUUUUACCAGAGACCCCGGUAGUGGACUCUGGAAGCAAAGCGUGGCCCAAAACGUUGCGGAAUCUUUCGCCUUUGCUGAGCACUCCGUGACUCACCGGGACGAGGUCGGUACAGCCGGUCAGUGGCGACAGGAAAACUUGGAUAUCUGUCAAGGGCCCGUUUUUGCUUGCGACCUUUUCAACAUGCCCGACGGCAGCCAGGUUGUCUUGCUCUCGGCCCAUCAUUUGGUCAUCGAUCUCGUAUCCUGGCGCAUUGUUUGGAACGACGUCGAAGAGUACAUCAAGUUUGGGGAGUUGCGUUCACCAAAAACCUUGUCGUUUCGCACCUGGUGCGCGGUUCAGGCCAGAGUGGGCAAUAAUUUAUCGCCGCUAGCCGUGCUCCCGUAUCCGAUUCCAGAACCCGACGUGGGCUUCUGGGGAUUGCCCAUGGAAGAAAACACGUUUGGCCAGUGCGACAGUUUCGAUGUGGCCCUCCCCCUCGAUGCCAGCAAGCUUCUCUUCGGGAAUAGCAAUAACAGUCUCCGAACUGAAGCUCUCGAUCUUAUCCUGGGUGCUCUGUCCCACUCGUUCUUCCAAACCUUCCCCGAGCGUUCCGCACCCGCGAUUUGGAUCGAGGGUCACGGCAGGGAGCAGCUGGACGACGUACCGACAGAUGUUUCGGGCACUGUCGGGUGGUUUACCACCAUGUACCCCCUCGCGGUUUCCAUCACACCCGACCAGUCCAUCUCCCACGCUGUGAGGCUUGUCAAGGAUACGAGAAGAAGGGUGCCAAACAUGGGUUUGCCGUUCUAUGCUUGCCAGCAUUAUAGCGAAUCUGGUCGUCAAGCUUUCCAGGGUCACGACGUUUACGAGCUCAUUUUCAAUUUCACGGGAAGAUUCCAACAAUUGGAGAGGGAGGAAGGCCUCUUCAAAUCAUCCCAACAUGGUACCGAUGACGCAGACGUCAAGAUUUGUGAGAUUUCGAAAUCAGCGCGUCGGUUUUUCAUGAUCGAGAUUGGCGCCGUCGUGUCGGACAAUGUCCUCGUCGUCUCAUUUAACUUUCACAAAGGCAUGAAGCAUCAAGGUCGGAUCGAGAAAUGGACACAGGCCUUUAUCGACGAUUUGGAGUGUGCCGCUCGUCAUCUCGCGCGUGCGCCUGUCGCCUUCACGUUGAGCGAUUUGCCUCUCCUUCAGUUAUCGUACCGGGGCUUGGAUGUGCUGUUGGAAGAACAGCUUCCGAAGAUGGGCAUCAAGCCGAGCAGCGUCACAAACAUGUAUCCGUGCUCGCCUCUCCAAGAGGGAAUGCUCUUGAGCUCAGUCAAGGGCUCAGCGUCAUACAUAACCUACACAAUCUGGCGCUGUGUUUCGACAGUCGGAAAUACUGCUGACAUCUCCCCUUCCCGGCUAGAGGAAGCUUGGAAGAGAGUUGUGAGCAGGCACACCGCCUUGUCCACUGUCUUUGCGCUACAUCCCGAAGGCAACGGCUUCAUGCAGCUUGUCCUUGACGAGCCUCCCAUACGCGUGAACCAUAUUGCUCCUGGACUGGAAAGCCCUACCGAUGCAUUAUCACGACUGCAAGAGCCAACGUUUGCCCCCGAUGAGCCGGAACAUUCUCUCACAAUCUGCCAGGCACCAACCGGCGAGGUCGCCUGUAGGCUGGACAUGAGCCACGCGCUGACCGAUGCCCACUCGGCAUCCUUGAUUCUCAGCGAGCUCGCGACGAUAUAUGAUGGCAUGGAAUUAUCGUCGGCUCCGGCCUUUGCUGAUAUGAUACGCUUUAUCAACAGCACACCCAGAGCCCAGAUAGUCGCUUCUUGGACUUCGCUGCUUGAUGGUCUUGAGCCUUGUGAAUUUCCCCUGUCGCCGGUGGCCCCUGCACAAGCCGAACGGGAGAAGUUUACCGAGAUACCGUGUCCAGGAACUUUCAAGGUGGCAUGGGCCAUGGUUCUCUCGCACAUGACUGGAAUGCGCGACGUCUGCUUUGGAUAUUUGGCUUCUGGUCGUGACGCCCCUGUGAAUGGCGUCGAGAACUUGGUUGGCCCUUUGGCCAAUUUGCUGAUCAGCCGGGUCGACUUGCGACAACCAGCCCGACAGGUUCUCGAGACGACAUCGGAGAGGUCAAAGCAGCACAUGGCUAUCCAGCACGUCUCGCUGGCUGAGAUUCAGCACCACCUCGGCCUCUCUGGAAGGCGAUUAUUCAACACGUCACUUUCUGUCCGUCCUGCCGAAAAAGAGAAAGCCGACGAAGCAAGGGGGGUAUCGUUCGACGUUUUGGCUGGCGGGGACGCCCACGAGUUUGACAUCAAGUUCAACGCUUCGAUAAGCGGGGCAGACAUGGACCUUUCAAUCGAGUUUCGGGAGCCAUAUGUUGACCGCCAAGUUGCCUUGGAAGCAAGCAAGAUCCUUCACCAAGCAAUUGAAUAUCUCCUAGUGACCGAUGUUGGGUUGGGCAUAAAAGACAUGGCCGAGAUCGCCCAGGAUGUCUUCACCGACGCCAACGAUGCAGACACGCUCCUGUCCGGAUUUUUCAAGCACACGAUGGGGGUGGAUGAGGCUUCCGCGAGUGCGUUCUGGAAAGCCGAGUUUGCAAACACCCAAGGGUCUCACUUUCCCUCGCCGACAACGACCACUCGCCAGCCUAUGCCUCGGGAUCAUGUAGAAUUGAGCGUGGAAGGGCUUGACUGGGCAUGCGACAGCUUCUUGGCAGACACGACAGUCAAGGCUGCAUGGGCUGUCCUUACAGCUCGAAUCAUGUGCGCUGACGAAAGCAUAUUCGGAGCAGCCGUUUCAAAGUGCGGAUGUGUCGCCCCGUUGCCUCUCCGUGUUGUGGUCGAUUCGGAUCACAGCAUCAACGACCUGCUCCUUGGAGUGCAGCGUCAGACCGUGGAGAUGGCACCGUUCCAUCAGAUGGGCAUGGAGCGGGUCCGUCGCUUGAACGAGGACGCAGCCAUGGCCUGCAACUUCCAGACGCUCCUUGUCGUUUAUCCAAAGGAAGACAAAGAGCACUGGCAAAGCCACGGCGCUCAUUCCAUGGUGGUCAUGGUCGGGCUCGAGGCGACCGCAGCGCAUAUCGAUGUGAAAUUCGACCCACGCGUCAUCGAACAAGCUCGCGUCUCGCGGCUCAUUCAUGGGUUUGUGCAUGUUCUUCGCCAACUGCUCGACGUGGGCCAGCGCCAGCUGAGGCUUCGAGACGUGACCGUGGCAAGCCAGAAAGAUCUCGACGAUGUGUGGACCUGGAACGCGACUUUGCCAGAAUCGGUGGAAGGUUGUGUACACGAUCUGAUCAUCCAGCAUGGAAAAGAGCGGCCAACAGCUCCUGCUAUCCACGCAUGGGACGGGGUCUUGACCUAUGAGCAGCUCGAAGAGCUAUCGUCGAAGCUAGCCAAGCAGCUGGUCAGCAAGGGCGUAGGGCCGGGGAGCAUCGUGCCGCUUUGCUUCGAGAAGUCUUGUUGGAUGCCAGUGGCCGCCCUUGCCGUUAUGAGGGCGGGCGGAGCAUCGGUUGCAGUCGAUACCUCGCAGCCAGAAGAACGGAUUCGCACGAUUACAGCGCAGGUGUUCACCGGCGCCGGGAGGCCAAAGAUUCUCCUCUCGUCGGAGGCAAACCAUGCCCUUGCUCAGCGACUCGAAGCUGAUGAGGUGCUUAUCACAGGGCACGAACAAUGCCUUGGUCCCGUCAUCGAGCCGAGUCCCGAAUUACCUGUCGUCAAGCCGUCUGACGUGCUCUACGUUGUGUUCACCUCCGGCAGCACUGGGCGGCCAAAAGGCGUCAUCAUCACCCACCAGAACUUUUAUAGCGCGAUCUCUUACCAGCGAGACGCAGUGGGCGUCGAUAGCAGUUCCCGGGUCUUUGACUUUUCCUCGUACGCCUUCGACGUUGCUUGGCUUAGCCUCCUCAAGGCGUUGACGGCCGGCGGGUGCCUAUGUAUCCCGUCUGCGGCCGAGCGCGAGGACGAUCUUGGAGGAUGCCUGGAGAGGUAUGGAGUCACUGUCGUCGAUCUAACGCCUUCGGUUGCGCGGGCCAUCGAGCCCAAGUCGGCCCUUUCCAAUUUAUCCACAUUGAUUCUUGGUGGCGAGGCCGUCGUCGCAAGCGAUGCGGAUCUGGCGGGCGAGAAAACGCAGGUUACCGUUGCCUACGGUCCAGCAGAGUGUACGCCGACCAGCUCCAUCAUGGACCUAACGAAGACAAGGGAUGCGGGCAUCGGCCGGGGAGUUGGGAUGUGCCUGUGGGUGGUAGACCUCGAGAACCCCGCGGCCUUGGCACCGGUCGGCGCUGUCGGCGAACUUUGGCUUGAAGGGCCGCUUGUAGGUCAGGGAUAUCUACACGAGCCCGAAAAGACGAGAUCAGCCUUCAUCCAAGACCCUGCGUGGCUGGUCAACGGAACGCCCGACGGCAGGCGGCCCGGGCGACGCGGACGAGUGUACCGCACCGGAGACUUGGUGCGGUACAGAGAAGACGGCUCGCUGCUCUUCGUGGGUCGUAAGGACACACAGGUCAAGAUUAGGGGACAGCGCGUUGAGCUGGGGGACAUCGAGCACCAUGUUUGCCGGGCGAUUGAGACGAUCGCGGGCGAGACCGUGACGAAUGUGCAGGUCGUCGCCGAGACCGUCCAGCCGAAGGGAAUUCCAAGCAAGAUGCUGGUGGCUUUCGUGGCCCUCGAGGAGAUUCAAGGCUUUGUCUCGUCGGAAGAAUAUAACAACGCCGUCCGCCACGCAACGGCCGGGGUGACGGAGCACCUGGCCAAGGCACUGCCCGUCUUCAUGAUACCCUCUCUUUACAUACCAAUCCCAACCGUCCCCAUGUCGGCCACGGGCAAGACGGACCGGCGCCGGCUCCAGGAGAUGGGCUCCUCGCUCUCUGCCAAGGACGUCAAGGCACUCGGCCGCGCAGGCGAGCAGCGGCGGACACCGGAAACGGAGGCGGAGCGGGUCAUGCAGGCUCUGUGGGCCGACAUCCUGAACAUGGACCCGGAAAGCAUCGGCGCGGACGACAGCUUCUUUCGAAUUGGCGGCGACUCAAUCGGGGCAAUGCGACUCGUCGGAAUGGCACGUUACAAAGGCUUCAGCUUCACCGUCCGAGAUGUCUUCCAAAGCCCUGUCCUCUCGGACCUCUCCGCAUUCGAUGCCGCGCCUCCAACCACCCUUGUGCCGGCAUGA